AUGUCCGGUGACAUAGUGGAAAUACCCAAGCCUAAACGGUUAGGCAUAAGAAAUGACCCACUUCUAAUUAUCAAAAAUAGCCGAAAGCUACAUGGCAGACCUGCAACAGUUGCUGGGCCUAUGGUACGUUACUCCAAACUGCCAUUUCGCCAAACUUGCCGACACUUUAACGUUGACAUAGUAUAUACCCCAAUGAUACUUGCACGUGAGUUUGUUAGAAAUGGCCAUGCCAGAAUGGCAGACUUUACCACAAACAACAAGGACUUCCCCCUAAUAGUUCAAGUCGGAGUGAACAAUGUUGUGGACUUACUGAGAUUCGCUGAGAUGGUUAUUCCCUAUUGUGAUGGGAUCAGCAUAAAUUGUGGUUGUCCCAUAAGAGAGCAAAUCAGGGAAGGAAUUGGAUCGGCUUUGAUUUACAACCCUGAGCUGCUGUAUAAUAUGGUGAAAGCAAUAAAGGAUAAAUAUGGAGAUAGUUUAAGGCUGGAAACAAAAAUAAGAAUCCAUGACCAUCCGGAUCAGACAGUUGCUUUAUGUGACAGGAUCUCCGAGGCCGGUGCAGAUUGGAUUACGAUCCAUGGGAGAACAAGAACCACCAGAUCAUCUGUACCCGUGAAUAUCCGGGCAAUUAAAUACAUUAAAGAACAUAUUAAAAAUCAACAAAUUCCAAUCGUCGCUAAUGGAGAUUGUUUUAAUAUGAAGGAUUUCUGGAAAGUUGCAGAAUAUACUGGCGUCGAUGGUGUCAUGGCUGCCCGCGGCUUGCUAGCAAAUCCAGCACUAUUCAGCGGUUACGUUAAUUGCCCGUGGAAAGCUGUUGAGUUAUUUUGGUACUACACAAUGGAAUUUGGAGGUCUACCAUUCCAAAUUUUGCUGCAUCAUUUACACUGCAUGCUGGAAGAUAUGAACAUCGACAAAGGAUUGCUGAAAGAAAUGAUGCUUAUGAGGUCCACUUCAGAGUUAAUAGACUGGUUCGAUAAAUAUUUCAUACUAAGAAGGAUUCCUGACUCAGAUCUCACAUACACACCGGGGAUCCCAUAUAGAAUUAGUACGCCCAAGAUUUGA